UAAGGUGACGUCUUGCAGUGUCAGAUUUUCUCGAGCGCGGUGUGGAAAAGCUCUCUCCAGGGCUGGGGAAAGGUGCACGAAGGUUAGCGCUGGAGGCGGACUCCGUCCCCGUCUCUGGCUCGGUAGCUUGGACAGCUCAUCGUGCCCAUACCAUUCUCACAGCAUUGGAGAUUUUGCUUUUGAGAGCCAAAUGGAGGGACACAAGGUUGAAUUGAUCUCAAGUGGUCUGUCUCCUGCCCUUUCUGCACCCAUGCCCAAAGCUCACUGAUUUCCCCAAAACCAAGCUUAAGUCCCACUCCCUGGAUCUCAGCAAAAGGAAAUGGCCAUUCUCAAAGUCAAGUUCACGGUGCAGAAUCGUGUCAAGUUGGCCCAGGGACUGUGGCUCCUGAACUGGUUUUGUGUCUUGGCAGGCAUAGUUGUCUUUGGGAUGGGCUUGUUCCUUAAGAUUGAGCUGAAGAAACGAAGCGAGGUGAUGGACAAUACAGAGAGCCACUUAGUCCCCAACUCUCUGAUCGUGGUAGGAGUGCUGGCCUGUACAAUCAACUGUUUUGGUGGCAAGUUUUGCUACGAUUCCCUCGACCCGGCAAAAUAUGCCAGGUGGAAAUCUUCCCUCAAGUUCUACCUUGCCGCCUGCUUGUUUUUCACUUGCCUGACCUUCCUCUCUGUGGUGCUGUGCUUUCUGAUGAAGAUCUACCUUGAAGAUACUCUGGCCAAGGGGCUGAAGAACAGCAUGAAAUAUUACAGAGACACCGACACUCCAGGACGUUGCUUCAUGAAGAAAACUAUUGACCAACUUCAGAUCGAGUUUCACUGCUGUGGCAACAAUGGCUUCAGAGACUGGUUUGAAAUCCAGUGGAUCAGCAACCGAUACCUGGACUUCAGUUCCAAGGAGGUGAAAGACCGUGUUAAGAGCAACAUCGAUGGGAAGUACCUGACGGAUGGGGUCCCGUUCAGUUGUUGCAAUCCGGCCUCCCCUCGACCCUGUAUCCAGCAGCAGAUAGCCAACAAUUCCGCCCACUACAGCUAUGAGUUCCAGAGCGAGGAGCUCAACCUGUGGACUCGGGGCUGCAAGGAGGCUCUCCUCAACUAUUACACUAACAUGAUGCAGUCCAUGGGAGGGCUGGUCUUAUUCCUUUGGCUAUUAGAGGUGGCAGCGAUGGUUGGGAUCCAAUACUUGCACACAGCUCUGGGCAGCAUUGCAAAUCCUGAAGAUCCUGAAUGUGAAAGUGAGGGUUGGUUAAUGGAGAAAGGUCUGAAGGAAACAUUUAAAUCUCUGCUGGAAAGUGUUAAAGAGCUGGGUAAGUUCAAUCAAGUAGCUACAGCUGAAGAAGGGAAAAAUGAAGAGGGCACGACUGUUGCCACAGUCAGCUGAAGAUACAGAGAAACAACUUGCAGGGGGAGGGGAAGAAACAAUUUAGACAAUGAAGGAAAUGAAAAUUGAAUAAAUAUACAAUACAAAACCAGAUAAAUAACUCCCUUUAUUGUAUGAUAUAAAAAGCAUGUACCCCAAGGACCUUAUUUUCCUGUAUUUGUACUUGUAAUCCAUUGUGUAAUCCAUCUAUAAUAUGUUAAUCAUCUAUUUACACAAUUUAAAUUGUUAAAUUAAUUUUGACAAUUUAUGCAUUAUUUGCUUUCAUUGCUUUGUACUAUAUAAAGAGAUAAGCAUAUCAAUGUAUUGCUUCUGAAUCUGGAAAUAUGGAUUGUGCGACAACAGUACUUAUUUAAAACAGUCCUGCCAUUUUUGAAGGAGGUCAAAUGCUAUGUGAAGUUAUAUAGUUUGCCGUUACAAAAUAGUAGCUUCCAAGACAGAAGGGUAUUGUUCAUGAAGCGAAGUGUUUCCAUGAUUAUUUUAUGUAUUUCAGUAACUUCAUGUUAGAAAUCCAAACCACAAAUGUGACAAACCAACCUUUACACAGAAAUAAAGUAUUCUCUAUUCAAAGCACAGCUAUAAAAACAGACAGCAUGGAUGGUAAAAUUAUGAAGGUUAGAUCAGAUUUCAGAGAAUAUAUGAAUUAAACACAGACAGUGAUGUUUCCCAAUACUUUCUGAAAUCAGCAUCAUAAAUAUUAGGACAUUCCUUUGUGGUCUGCAGUUAAAUCUAUCAACACUGGUUUACAGCUAUUCAUUUGGAUAGGAGGUGCAAUUUACAAAACAAAUUGACUAACCACAAUAUGUGUACAAGCACAGUCAUUUUUCAUGAUUUUGUAAAGCAAUUACUUCUAUUCAUAUCAUAUUGAAACUAAACCAUGUUAUGUUUUGUUCAUUAAAUGCGAUUUUUAUAAAUAGCCUACUGUCACUGCCAAAAUUGUGGUUGUAUUUAGGAUAGACUCUCAAUGUAUUUUAUUUAACUCCAGGACAUUAGUUGAAAAAUAUCUGUGUCAUAUCAAUUCAGGCAGUCUGAAAGCUUUCUAUCACAUAAUGGAAUUUGAAGUAAUUUUAUAGGAAGUCUCAAAAGUCCUUUUGAUUAUUUGAAACAUUUCUGUGAAUGGUUCAAGAUUUAACUGCCUACUGCAGCUUCAAGGAUAAAAAUCCCAAGUAUGCUUAACAUCAGUUUAUAGGAUUAACUUCAGUAAUUCUUUUCAAAGUAGAGACAACUAAUUCAUCAUGACAUCUAAAUACACAUAGAAAUGCGUGAUAAAAUGGAGGAAAGAAACAAUAAACAUUGCAACAUACAAGACAGUGUAUAAUUCUCAAGAAAGUAAACCAUGAACAUGAAUUACAACUAAAAGUGUCAACUCUCUCCUAAUCUUCAGUUUACUUUUCUAAAAUGUAUUCAUUCAUGGCAUGCGCACAUCACUGCCAACGCAGUGUUUAUUGCCAUCUCUAAUUUUCCCUAAAAAGGUGCAGGGGAGUCUGCUCCUUAAUAACCAAUGGUUUGCUAGGCCUUUGCAGAGACCAUCAAAAUUCCACCUCCUUUUCUACUGAAGUAUCAUGGAAGCCAGAUAGGCUGGGAUAGAGCAGAUUUCCUUCCCCAAAAGGACAUUAAUGCACCAGAAAAGUUUUAAAAAACAGUUGAAGGUUACACAUUACAAACAUCUAUUCCAAAUUUAUUUAAGAGGCUAAAUUUAAAUUCCUUAACUGCCAUGAUGGUAUUGGAACCCCCAAAUCCAGAUCAUUACUCCAAAUGUCUGCGAUAAUAAUCCAGUACAACAACCACUGCUUCAAACAAAAAACUCGGAAAUUCUUCAUAAUCUAACAAAAAAACACUUGUAUUGGCAGAGCAUCCUGAACAGAAAUUAAGAGUCUCAGGCUACUUUAUAUAAGAAACAGAUGGAACAGGAUGGAAGAAACAGCAGUGAGGAGAAUACAUCCUAAGCAAAAUUUCAAGGACAAAAAGUGGAACAAUAAAGCAAAAAGAGGGAGUCAGUUAGUCAGGGACCUGCAUUUCUGGAAGCCAACGAGGUAUGUUAGAAAGAAAAGGAAAAUACAUAACUGGUCAGAAUCCCCAUGUCUUCUAACUGAGUAUAUGACCAUCUAUGUCCAAGUGCCUUUCACUGCUGAAACUGUUAUCUAUGCUUUUGCUACUGCACAACUCAACUUUCUUCACCAGCAUCCAAACUCUGUCAUGACACAUAUUAUAGCUUGCAGAAAAAUCUAAGAGGACACUAAAUUCACUUGAUGUUCACUGCUGUUAUCUCUAACUUCUCAUGGGUCCUGUUUCUUGAAUCACUGAAUUCAAAAUUUGACAAAUGCCUUCGUGGGCUUGCCUCAUGUUAUUUUUACAAUGUCUUUCAUGCUGUAUGGUAAACUAGGAUAUCAAAUUCAGUGCAACAAGUAGAAGCCAUUUUAAACUGUAGGCGGCUGCAGUGAUUGACAAGUAGACCUGGCAUGGGUAUUACACUCUGACACAAAUUUUGUGCAGCGAUGACCUCUGGAUUGCUGUUGAGAAGUAAGCUGUGAUGCCACAAAAGUAUAAGGUUUGAACAGAGGUGAUACUCAGUCUUGGUGAUGGAUGGACCUAUUUUCAAUUAGAGGACUGGAACAGCCGAGGGCAUGACUCUUUUCUUAAGACUACAUUUGAUAUAAUCCUGAAUCAAUUGAGACAAUAGGCAUAGAUUGGUGCUAUGAAUGCCUCCUCAUUUUUUCAGAUGUUCCUUCUCAUAACAAGGAACUCUCUUAUGGUGAGGCUCCAGUCAAAUAUUGAUAGGUGCCAGCUACAAACACUUAUCUUAGAAGCUACAGUAUUUGCUUUUAUGCUUUUCACAGUUUCUUUCGGAUUUUGAAUCCUUGAUAGAGUACUGAUGACAGUGAACAGAGUGUUGUGUUUUAUCAAAUUAACAGAUUUUAAGAGGGUUGAAACACUCAGCGUUAAAAUGCAAUCCUUCUCAGGAAAAAAAAACACAAAUUAUAACAUUUUUGAUUUAGAAAUUAGUUCUCUUCAUAUCUGCAUAUGACUACAAAUUGUGAAUAAAUUUGCAUUCAAGAUUCAUAAACAGGGCUUCCAGCAGAGUGGCUUGUUCCUGGUUCUUCAAAUCUCAUCACUUACUUUGAACUACAUUUACAUUUGUGUUGCACAAGUGCUUUCCCAUGUCUUCACAUAAGUGGGAUCAGUAGGUGCUGCUAAUUUUACAGUGAAGGCAGGGAGACACCACUAUAUAAAAAAAAUGGAUGGAAGGCAAGAGAGCUGUAAAUUUGUAUUUAAAUGCUGACACUUAUCUUUUACCCCCCCAAAUGCAGUGAUUGCAAAUGCAUGAACAAACUUGGUCCAAUUGCUAACAACCCGGCAAAUAAACUUUGAAUUCAAUAGAUAAAAAGUGUUGUUGUUAAAUGAGCAUCUAGCUUCAUUAGCACAGAUGUAUGAAACAGUAACAUUUUAUGCGAAUCCAUUGUUUGAUCCAGAUUGAAGAACAAUUCCUCCAGGAAACUUUCUGCUGUAAAACUGCCAAACAAGUGAUUAUUUGCAAGUAACAAGAAAAUAUACCAAGAACAAUGGACAGAUUAGUUUAUUCUAACUCUGGACUUUCCAUAUAUGAAUUCAUUUAAAUGAGUAUCAGCAAACUGAAAACUGUCAAUAUUUGAAAAUAGCUUUUGUUUCCUAUUGGCUAGAAUAAUCUCAACUGUAACCGUGGUUAAGUGCAAUGUUAAAUCAAUUUUUCUGAACAGCAUUUUGUCAGAAAAUAAGUGACUUUUGGUAUUAGAAUUUUCCUUAAAACAAAACUGUUUAUAAUAGUUAUUCUGAGCCCAAAUUUAUAAUACUGCUAAAUAACUGUCCAACAAUGAACACCAAAAAGUGCAAGAUGGUGAAGUGAGCGUCUGGAAAUACUCGAGAAUGGUUCGUCCUACCAGAGUUAUUCAUGGUAAUACAAAAGGCAGCAAACUCUAGCAAGUUUCCUUUCGUGUAAACUGACCCAUAUUAUACUGCUUUCAAUGGGAGAUCAUAGGAUCUACCUCUGCAACUUGCAACAAACUAAGAGAGUUCUUUGAUCCAUUUUUCUUGUAAUAUAAAAGAACAAUGCUGAAUUAAGAGACAGUGUGGAGCUGGAGGAACGCAGCAGGCCAGGACGCAUCUGAGGAGCAGGAAAGCUGAUGUUUUGAGUUGGGAUUUUGGAUUCAGAUUUCUGAAGAAAGGGUCCUGACCUGAAAUGUCAGCUUUCUCACUCCUUAGAGGCUGCCUGGCCUGCUAUGUUCCUCCAACUCCACACUGUGCUGUCUCUGAUUCCAGCAUUGGCAGUUCUUACUAUCUCUCAAUGCUGAAGUAACACCUUUUUCAUAUACACUACAGCACAAGAUAAUAUUACAAAAAUUGCACAAUUCUAAGAAGGACCUCACCAUAAUUGUUCAUGACCAAUCCUUUUAAUCGAUAACUGGUAACUUGAACACUACAGUUAUUCAGCAUCUUUUGUCUAUCUGUUUAACUCAAUAAAAAAGGGACUAAAACUUUAAACAGCUUUAGCACUUCUCUGUAUUGCUGUUUUGAAAAUACUAGCCAGUGAAUGAUGUAUAAAACUAUUGUACUACAAAUAAAUAGAACAUAUU